AUGUCAGCCACUAGUACCGUUCCUUCAGAUAUAGCAUCGACAUCAGCCUCCACUCCUGCAAUGUCAGCCACUAGUACCGUUCCUUCAGAUAUAGCAUCCACAUCAGCCUCCACUCCUGCAAUGUCAGCCACUAGUACCGUUCCUUCAGAUAUAGCAUCCACAUCAGCCUCCACUCCUGCAUUGUCAGCCACUAGUACCGUUCCUUCAGAUAGCAUCCACAUCAGCCUCCAUCCUGCAUUGUCAGCCACUAGUACCGUUCCUUCAGAUAUAGCAUCGACAUCAGCCUCCACUCCUGCAAUGUCAGCCACUAGUACCGUUCCUUCAGAUAUAGCAUCCACAUCAGCCUCCACUCCUGCAAUGUCAGCCACUAGUACCGUUCCUUCAGAUAUAGCAUCCACAUCAGCCUCCACUCUUGCCUCCACUAGUACCGUUCCUUCAGAUAUAGUCCACAUCAGCCUCCACUCCUGCAUUGUCACCACUAGUACCGUUCCUUCAGAUAUAGCAUCCACAUCAGCCUCCACUCCUGCAAUGUCAGCCACUAGUACCGUUCCUUCAGAUAUAGCAUCCACAUCAGCCUCCACUCCUGCAAUGUCAGCCACUAGUACCGUUCCUUCAGAUAUAGCAUCGACAUCAGCCUCCACCUGCAAUGUCAGCCACUAG